CUUGGAGGGAGUCAGUGCGCCGGCGCAGCUCUGGCUCCCCGUGUUGGCUACUGAGACUUUCUGCUCCCAGUUCCUGGGCCGCAGGAAGACCCGGGUGGUGCAGUUUCAGAUUGCUGAGCUGGGGGAGAGGGGGAGGCGCAUGUGCAAGCAGAGGAGGGGCAGGAGCCCGGCUUCCCAUGUAAAUGCUUGUGGUCGGGGGAGUGGCAGUCUCUAUGUGUGUGUCCUUGACUGACCAUUACUUUAAAGGACCACAGAAAAGGGACAAACACGGAAGUGCCUGGCUCAGGCCGGGGUGGCUCUGUCUAUACCAGGAGCCAUGGAGGGCUUUGCCCUCCCCCAUAGUAGAGAAUGAGUCUGCAGCCCCGAUGGGAGAAGCAGUCAACGUGAGCCUGUUAGUGGGCAGCGAGGGUGGGGGUUCCUGUGCCCACAUUCCAUGGAUGGAGCCCGAUCUUGGGCACAGAAGAAAUGCCAACAGGCUCUCCCCCACCCCCACCUGAUGCCCAUCUUCCCCUCUGCCCCCCCCAUCUCCCACAAUCCAGCAGUGCAGUUUAUGAAUGAAAUGGAACCAAAGAUGGCGGCAGAAAAGGUGUCCAAAGAGGAAGUCUCCCUACCUUGGGGCUCCCACUCCCAGAAGAACUUGAGUCUACCCCAAGCAGAGACCCCAGAGCCAGAGGGAAUAGCUCCCAAGAUCCUGAGGCCCCCAUCCCAGAGGCAGAGAUAUAAUUUUGAAGUGACAGAGAUGUCUACGAAGCUGAGGCUUUUUGUGGAAGGAUCUGGCGUCCAAAGGUGCAUGAAUGAGGUUCCCCAUGACUGCAUUUUGAGAGAAAUCUGUGACUCUGAUAUGCAGAAUCUCCCAUCUCACUCAGAGAGCACUUCCCAUCUGCAUGGGGAAAAUCAUUUCAAAGGCUCAUUAACAUUCAAGGACAUCGCUGUGGAUUUCACCCAGGAAGAGUGGUGCCUAUUGGACCAUACUCAGAAGGAAUUGUACCUGGAGGUCAUGCUGGAGAAUGUGCAGAAUCUAUUCUCUGUGGGUCUUCCAGUUCCUAGAGAAUAUUGUACCUCCUGUUUUCAACAAGGGAAAGUACCAUGGCAGCUAGAGCCAAAAGGCUCCAGGAGCUCCUGUCCAGAGGCAGAGACUAAUUUUGAAGUGAAGGACAUGUCUACAAAACUGAGGAUUUUUGUGCAAGAAUCUGACCCCAAAAGAUGGAUGAAGGAUGCCCAUGGCUUCGUUUUGAGAGAAAUCUCUGACUCUGAUAUGAAGAUAAACAAAAAUAUACAGAGUGAAUGUGAAUUUGAUGAUUGUUCAGAGAAAUUCAGUCAAUGUUCAGUUUUCAAUCAGUAUAUGAAAGUGACCUCAGGAAAUGACUAUUGUCAGAAUAGUCAAUACAGCAAAUUCUUUCCUGAAGAAGUAGGACUUUUUCAGUUGAAUGAGAAGCCUUCUGAAAAGCCCAUGUAUCAAGGUAACCAAGGAGGUAUGGCCUUUAGCUACAAUUUAGACUUCAUUAGACAUAAAAAAAGUAAAUGGGUAGAGAUGGUUUCUGUGCAGAAUGAAGUAGAGAAACCAUUCAGGCAAAACUCUGAUCUUGCCCCAGAUCAAAUAAUCCAUUCGAGAGAAAAAACUUAUAAAUGUAAACAAUGUGGAAAGGCUUUCAAACAAAAGGGCUCUCUUGAAGUACAUCAUAGAAUCCACUCUGGAGAGAAACCUUAUGAAUGUAAACACUGUGGAAAGGCUUUCACAGAAAGGGGAUCUCUCACUAGACAUCAGCUAAUCCACAGUGGAGAGAAACCUUAUGAAUGUAAACACUGUGGAAAGGCUUUCACACAAAGAAGUCAUCUUGCUGCACAUCAGAGAAUCCACACCGGAGAGAAACCUUAUGAAUGUAAACAGUGUGGAAAGGCUUUCAUGCAGAGUCACUAUCUUGCUGCCCAUCAGAGAAUCCACACUGGAGAAAAACCUUAUGAAUGCAAACAGUGUGGAAAGGCUUUUACCCAAAGCAGCACUCUUGCUGCACAUCAGAGAAUCCACGCUGGAGAGAAACCUUUUGAAUGUAAAGAAUGUGGAAACACUUUCAAAGGGAGAAGAUCUCUGGCUAAACAUCAGAGAAUCCACACUGGAGAGAAACCUUAUGAAUGCAAACAGUGUGGAAAGGCUUUUACACAAAGCAGCUCUCUUGCUGCCCAUCAGAGAAUCCACACUGGAGAGAAACCUUUUGAAUGUAAAGAAUGUGGAAAGACUUUCAUAGAGAGAAGAUCUCUGGCUAAACAUCAGAGAAUCCACACUGGAGAGAAACCUUAUGAAUGUAAACAGUGUGGAAAGUCUUUUACAUAUAGCAGCUCUCUUGCUACACAUCAGCUAAUUCACACUGGAGAGAAACCUCAUGAAUGUAAACAGUGUGGAAAAGCUUUUGUACAUAGCAGCUCUCUUGCUUCACAUCAGAGAAUCCACACUGGAGAGAAACCUUAUGAAUGCAAACAGUGUGGAAAAGCUUUUGUACAUAGGAGCUCUCUGGCUUCACAUCAGAGAAUCCAUACUGGAGAGAAACCUUAUGAAUGCAAACAGUGUGGUAAACCUUUCAGGCAAAACUCUGAUCUUGCCCCAGAUCAAAUAAUCCAUUCGGGAGAAAAAACUUAUGAAUGUAAACAAUGUGGAAAGGCUUUCAAACAAAAGGGCUCUCUUGCAAUACAUCAUAGAAUCCACUCUGGAGAGAAACCUUUUGAAUGUAAACACUGUGGAAAGGCUUUCACAGAAAGGGGAUCUCUCACUAGACAUCAGUUAAUCCAUAGUGGAGAAAAACCUUAUGAAUGUAAACACUGUGGAAAGGCUUUCACUGAAAGGGGAUAUCUCACUAGACAUCAGCUAAUCCACAGUGGAGAGAAAUCUUAUGAAUGUAAUCACUGUGGAAAGGUUUUUUCGCAGAGUCGCUAUCUUGCUGCCCAUCAGAGAAUCCAUACUGGAGAAAAACCUUAUGAAUGUAAAGAGUGCGGAAGGACUUUCAUAGAGAGAAGAUCUCUGGCUAAACAUCAGAGAAUCCACUCUGGAGAGAAACCUUAUGAAUGUAAACAGUGUGGAAAGGCUUUCACACAAAGCAGUCAUCUUUCUACACAUCAGCUAAUCCACACUGCAGAGAAACCUCAUGAAUGUAAACAGUGCGGAAAGGCUUUCACACAAAGAAGUCAUCUUGCUGCACAUCAGAGAAUCCACACUGGAGAGAAACUUUAUGAAUGUAAACAGUGUGGAAAGGCUUUCACGCAGAGUUGCUAUCUUGCUGCCCAUCAGAGAAUCCACACUGGAGAAAAACUUUAUGAAUGUAAAGAGUGCGGAAAGACUUUCAAAGGGAGAAGAUCUCUGGCUAAACAUCAGAGAAUCCACACUGGAGAGAAACCUUAUGAAUGUAAAGAAUGUGGAAAGACUUUCAUAGAGAGAAGAUCUCUGGCUAAACAUCAGAGAAUCCACUCUGGAGAGAAACCUUAUGAAUGUAAACAGUGUGGAAAGGCUUUCACGCAGAGUCGCUAUCUUGCUGCCCAUCAGAGAAUCCACACUGGAGAGAAACCUUAUGAAUGUAAAGAGUGUGGAAAGACUUUCAAAGGGAGAAGAUCUCUGGCUAAACAUCAGAGAAUCCACACUGGAGAGAAACCUUAUGAAUGCAAACAGUGUGGAAAGGCUUUUACACAAAGCAGCUCUCUUGCUGCCCAUCAGAGAAUCCACACUGGAGAGAAACCUUUUGAAUGUAAAGAAUGUGGAAAGACUUUCAUAGAGAGAAGAUCUCUGGCUAAACAUCAGAGAAUGCACUCUGGAGAGAAACCUUAUGAAUGUAAACAGUGUGGAAAGGCUUUCACACAAGGAAGUCAUCUUGCUACACAUCAGUUAAUCCACACUGGAGAGAAACCUUAUGAAUGUAAGCACUGUGGAAAAGCUUUCACGCAGAGUCGCUAUCUUGCUGACCAUCAGAGAAUCCACACUGGAGAAAAACCUUAUGAAUGUAAAGAGUGCGGAAAGACUUUCAAAGAGAGAAGAUCUCUGGCUAAACAUCAGAGAGUCCACACUGGAGAGAAACCUUAUGAAUGCAAACAGUGUGGAAAGGCUUUUACACAAAGCAGCUCUCUUGCUGCACAUCAGAGAAUCCACACUGGAGAGAAACCUUUUGAAUGUAAAGAAUGUGGAAAGACUUUCAUAGAGAGAAGAUCUCUGGCUAAACAUCAGAGAAUCCACUCUGGAGAGAAACCUUAUGAAUGUAAACAGUGUGGAAAGGCUUUCACACAAGGAAGUCAUCUUGCUACACAUAAGUUAAUCCACACUGGAGAGAAACCUCAUGAAUGUAAACAGUGUGGAAAAGCUUUUGUACAUAGCAGCUCUCUUGCUGCACAUCAGAGAAUCCACACUGGAGAGAAACCUUAUGAAUGCAAACAGUGUGGAAAGACUUUCAGACAAAGGGGCAAUCUUGCCACACAUCAGAGAAUCCAUACUGGAGAGAAACCUUUUGAAUCUAAACACUGUGGAAAGGGUUUCACACACAGGACCUCUAUUGCAAUCCAACAGCUAAUCCAUACUGGAGAGAAAAAACCUUAUUGUAUCAGAUAAAACUAUGCAAUAUUCUAUGUUAUACAUUCAUUUUUAGUAAUGUUAGAUUGGAAACUUGCUGUAAAAAUUAGUGAAAGUUGAGUAUCCUUCAGGAAGAUACUAAUCUUUCCUUUUGAAGAGUAGCGAAAUUCCACGCACACACACAGCAACUUUUUAGAUACAUAAAUAUUCGCCUUUUAUUCACUCUUUUCUAAUGUGGCCAAAACCUCCUGUUUUCAAUUUUUUUUAAUUUAUGGAUUCAGAGGCUUGAUUUCUGUUUCUAUUGGAAAAGUCUCAAAACAUGCAACUACAAUCUUAACUCUGUCCUAAAUGUUUCCGUUUGAAAGGUCUUGGCCAUAUCUAAAUUCUGGCUCAACUUAAAAAUUGCAAACUUAAGAAAUGCUCCCAUGAGUUCAACCAUGAUGGAGGUAAGGACAAGAUAAAGAAAAUGUAACAUACACAGACAUUGUAUUAUAUACAAGUAGUGGGUGACUAGAAGGGGUGUAUUGUGUUAAUUUCUGAUGUGUUUUGAGUUCAUUUGUGUAUCCAUGGACAUUACUGUUGAGUCAGCCCCUCAGAGCAGUGCCCCUGUCCUUAUCCUUUCCCUAGUAAAGGCUGCAUAUUUUGCUGCAAGCUUCUUAUCCAGUCUCCUAUCUACUGAUUUGAACCGGGAUGCAGACCCUAAAAUUCCACUCCAAACAAUAUGAAUGUCAACAAUGUACAAAGGCUUUUGCAAAGAUGGGCCAUCUUGCUGGACAUAUUCUUUUGGCCAAGAGUGGAUUGCCGUUCCUGAAUGUUGAUUACUUUUUACGAUUCUCUUUUGCAGGGCUUUGCCUUUGUAGUAUCUUCACUUCCUAGCCAGGAACUCAAGUGACGGCAUGUAAUGUUAUUUUCUUUGUAUAGAGAACCUUAAUGCAUUUUGCCCUGAAGCUACCUUUCCUGCCCCUGCUGCCUUGGCUGUGUCCAGCCUUAUUUCUUCCCAGGCUUCACACUCUUCAGCUUUGAGUCUCAAGUCUGCUAAGGCUUUGCAUUGCCCUCGGGUAAGUCUGUGGUCCCUUCAGCCAGCCCCUGAGAAUUCAGAGAUUUCCUUGGUCCUCUCUCUGACUCUGGCAUGGCAGGUGAUAUGGGGGAGAUGUGAUCAGCUUGUAUUCUGAUAAGUGCAGUUUUUCCCUCUUAUAGUAUUAGAAUCCCCAGACCCUGCCUUCCUUUAAGGCUACAUCCCAUAGGAGAUUGCCUUUGCUCCUCUGGUUUUGAUUUCUGUCCUUUUGAGAGGCUUUGUUAUGAUUGGUUGGAAGGAGGUUCAGAAUGCUCCUGGUGGUACACUGCCAUCUUAGCUCUGCCCACCCAAUGCCUCCAUCUGCUGUUAAUCUUGUGGGUAAAGUUUUUUAUGUAAAUCAAGAAUUAUUAGGCCACAUUCUAUGAUUAUAAUCAUUGUUAAUUUGCUUGAUGAAAAUUUGUUGAUUAAGUAAUAAGUGAAUGUAAUGGUGAGAAUUUGUCUUUUACACUAUUAGACCAGGAUAAAAGUCUCUCAAUCCUAGAAUUUUUACCAAAAGAGGUUUGAAUGAACUCUCUAUUAUAACCAAAAGAGAAAAAUGACAAUCUGUGCCUCAGUAGUUUGUCUUAGAAGUUUCUUCCAUUGUAUCAGAUGCUUCUCCCAUGUAGGCCAGCCCUUGGCUGGAAUCAUCCUUCCCUUGUAUCAAUCAUUGUAAAGCAUCACCUUCUGCAGGUAGGCCAGUCCCUGGCUGGACUCCUCCUUCCCUUGUUUCCCUUGUAAAGUCUGUCAGUUGAACCUUACUGUCCUCUAUUCCCUAAAAGAUAAACAUGAGACUUCACCUUCUUCAGUUCAUUGGAAAUUCUCCAAACAGGUGAUUCUUCCCAGAGACAUUGAUCCCAGAGUCCCAGAAUUUAGUUCUGUGUAGUGUUCAAUCAUAGCAUUGUCUUCCUUGUCCUGAUUAAAGACUUGUUCUUUCGAA